AUGAACUAUGAGUGUUCUCCUAGGGGAAGGGUUUGGAUUGGCUGGAAACAUGUUGUAGUUUCAGUUCAACUUCUAUACAAGACUGAGUUCUGUAUUCACUGUGUUAUUACUACAAAGAAUGGCCUGUUCAGUGCUAUGUUUACAGCUGUGUAUGGCUUACACUCUGUUGAUGCUAGAAGACCUAUGUGGAGAGAGAUUACCAACUUUAGUGGUACUGUUUCUUGCCCUUGGCUAGUCAUGGGUGAUUUCAAUGCAGUUUUAUUGGCUAAUGAUAGAGAUAAUGGCAAUGCAGUUACUGAGGGAGAAACUAAAGAUUUUGAUAGUUGCAUGGAUUCUGCAGGGAUUUCUGAUCACUCCCCUCUAGUCAUGUCCUGUAACAUUCAAAUGGGAGGUGGUAGUAGGCCUUUUAAAUUCUUUAACUAUAUGGCAGACCAUGCUCAGUUUCUUGAUGUGGUUAGAAAGGGAUGGGGUGUUACCUGUCCAGGGAGAGGAGUCAUGCUGAAGGUGUGGACUAAGCUGAAAGCAGUAAAGCAAGGUUUGAAGGAGCUUCAUCAUAAGGAUUUUGCUAAGCUUGAUCAGAGAAUUGAGGAGUUAAGGGUUGAUUUGAGCCAAAUUCAGACUCAGCUAGCCUCUUGCCCUACUGAUAUUGUUGUGCAACAAAGUGAGAGGGAGUUUAGUGAGACUCUCAAGAAGUUUCUGCACAUCCAGGAGAGGGCUUAUAGACAGAAAGCAAGAAUACAGUGGUUGCAAGUGGGAGAUUCCAACUCAAAAAAAAAAAUUAGUGUAAUGAAGGAGAGAUUAUCUGAGAAUAGCAUUGAUAUUCUAUAUGAUGAUACUGGGAAGAAACUAAGUACUACUCAGGAAAUUCAGGAGGAAGUUAGCUCUUUCUACAAGAAACUGAUUGGUACUGCAGCAAGUUCUUUGACGGGUGUGGAUGUUGGGGUUGUUAGGAAAGGAAAACAGCUUUCUGUUGCUGAUGCAGAAAUGUUGGUGGAACCUAUCUCAGAUGCAGAAAUUGAUGCAGCUAUUAAAGGGAUUGACACCAGUAAAGCUCUUGGGCUUGAUGGAUUCAAUAGCUUGUUUUUCCUUAAAGUUUGGGGGAUUGUAAAAGCAGAUGUAUAUGAGGCAGUGAAAGAGUUCUUCAGAACUGGAGUUAUGCUGAAGCAAGUGAACAAUACUUCAGUUACUCUUGUACCUAAGAUUCAGAAUGCUUCCUGUGUGAAGGAUUUUAGGCCAAUAGCCUGUUGUUCAGUUGUUUACAAAAUUAUCUCCAAAAUUCUCACUGCUAGAAUGCAAAGUGUCAUUGGGAAAGUUGUGAGUUGUGCUCAAUCUGGUUUUAUUCCUAGUAAAGCUAUUUCUGACAACAUUUUGCUGGCUUGUGAACUGGUGAAGUGCUACUCCAGGAAAUAUGUUUCUCCUAGGUGCAUGAUCAAGGUGGACCUGAAAAAAGCUUAUGACUCUUUGGAAUGGCCUUUCUUGAAGACUAUGCUUUCUGAGUUGGGUUUUCCUGCAAAGUUUGUGAAUUGGGUGAUGCAAUGCCUUUAUUCUGUCUCAUAUUCUAUUCUUAUUAAUGGUUGCCCCACAAAACCAAUUCCUGCAAAGAAGGGUUUAAGACAAGGUGAUCCAAUCUCACCUUACUUUACUGUUAACUCAAUUGGGGUCCCUCAGGGGACUUUCCCUUUCAAAUACUUGGGUGUCCCUCUUACAACUAGGAAGUUGUCUUUUGCAGACUACAAACCUCUUAUUGAUAGAACUGUUGCUAGAAUUAAGAGUUGGACCUCUAAAUUUCUUUCUUAUGCAGGCAGGCUGCAAUUAGUUAAAUCUGUCCUAUUUGGAUCUAGGAAAGCAGCAGUCUCUUGGGAGCAGUUAUGUCUUCCUAAGAGUUGUGGAGGGUGGAAUCUUAAAGACUUAACUGUGUGGAACAAAGAUGCAGUGUUGAAGAAUUGUUGGGCCUUGGCUUUUAAGCAGGAUAGGCUAUGGGGUAAUGGGGUUGAUCAGUUUGUACAGGCUGGAAAAUUUAGAAUUCAGAAAAUGUAUAAGUUUCUUCAUCCAGUUGGAGAUCAGGUGGGGUGGAAGAGAUUGAUAUGUAAUAGUCAUGCUAGUCCAAAGAGCACCUUCAUUGCUUGGUUAGCAGUUCAGAACAGACUUGCUACAAAAGACAGAUUGAUAAGCUGGCAGCUGAAUAUAGAUGGUACUUGUGGUCUGUGCCAAUUAGAAAAUGAAAGUUUAGCUCAUUUGUUCUUCUCUUGUCCUUAUGCUAAGGAUAUCUGGAGACAGGUGUUUAGGGAUCAUGUUGAUCCAGUUAAAGAUGUUGUUAGCAACAUUAUGUUUAAUGUUGAGUGUAGAUGUCAGUAA